GGUUUGUGUGUAACAGAAAGAAGAAGAAUAAGAAGAAGAUAGAGUAAAUGGCAUUGAGAGCAGCAGCAUGUACUGGUAUUGGAAGGCAAAGACAUUCAUGUCUGUUAUCGGUUCCGCGAUAUCUUCAGCUUCAGGCUCAUCUGCAUCACUCUGCUGCUCCUCCUCAGAGGUUGACGUCAUUUCCAAUUCAUCAAUCUGGGUUUAAAUUUGGAAUAAGAGCUAUAAGUGAAGCGGCUGCGAAUCCAAUUACUCCCAAGAAAGAAAAUGAAAGAGAAUCAACACCUGAGAAUUGGAAGAUUAAGAUGCUUUAUGAUGGGGAUUGUCCACUAUGUAUGAGAGAGGUGAACAUGCUAAGAGAGAGAAACAAGAGCUAUGGUACUAUCAAGUUUGUUGAUAUAAGCUCAGAGGACUACUCUCCGGAGGAUAAUCUGGGGCUAGAUUACAAAACUGUUAUGGGAAACAUUCAUGCCAUCCUCUCUGAUGGAACCGUAGUCACUGAUGUUGAAGCCUUCAGAAAGUUAUAUGAGCAAGUUGGGCUAGGAUGGGUUUAUGCAAUAACCAAAUAUGAACCUAUUGGAACAAUUGCAGGUGCUGUUUAUAGUGUUUGGGCUAAAUAUCGUCUCCAAAUCACAGGCCGACCACCUUUAGAAGAGGUUUUGGAAUUGCGGAAGAAGAGCAAGGGAGAAGUAUGUAAUGACAGAACCGAUUGUAAACUACCAAAAUAACUGCAGUAAUCAGGACGUUGGAAGUUCAACUUUUGGUUGCUUACACAGUUCCACUUGUAAUCUACUAUGUUAAGUGUGUGGGCCACAUCAAAUACUGCGACGUUCAUCAAGUGCCGGAUUAUAGAACAGAAAGGGGAGCUGCACUCUACAAGAGAAUUAAGAAACUUGUUGUAUAAGAAACUUAUAAGACUGAAGUAGACAUUUUGUUAUUAAUCAACCACAUAGAUUACAUACACCAUC